AUGCUAACGAUGUAAACAACGUAACAACUUUGUAAAAACGUAAACAAUCUCGUGGUUCACAGUGUUUUGAUUUCGAUAAGAGGGAAAAGCAUAGCCUAAGUGGUUAACAAGAAUAAAGUUUGCAGUCCAAUGCGCUUUUCCGUAAUGUGUACAUCGAUUUCUGUAUUUUUACAACAUAUUGCUAUAUGUUACGACAAUAAGAACAGUCAACGGGACUACGCAUGUUUAAACUAUUAGAGUGAUUACGGUGAUACAUUCAGCACUACUCACAAUGACCGUCUACGAAAAAAUGUACCCAUCAAGCCAUAAAACAGUUUUCGUACUAGAUCACACACCCUACUUCGGCAUUUCUUGUGAAUGUCAGAUAGAAUUUGAUUUCAGCAAAUCUCGCGGUCCAGGUUUUAUUCCAUUAGCCCCAAUUUCAAAAUCAUUGUGGACGUGCAGUGUUGAAGCUGCCGUGGAAUACUGUAGAAUUGCAUGGGACCUUUUCCCGCAAGGAAAACUGAUCCGCUUCGUCGUAAGUGACACAAGUGCCCAUACCCUGAACACAUGGAGCCAACAGCAACAGAAUUUGACUCAUAUUCUUAAUGGCACAGCAGCUGUAGGUGUGCCUGCCAGGGCACACCAGUCUUCUGAAUAUUCAGUUAUUCAUGGUCUGCGUGCUGCAAUUGAAGCCUUAUGUGAAUGCUCCGACAUACAGCAUGAAAAACGAACAUCCCUUACAGAAAAUGCUGCGAAGGUUCUGAACAGAUGCCGUGUUAUAUGUAUAACUUCUGCCCGGGAUAAUGCUAGUAUGAAGAGCUUGGAAGAUAUCUUUCAAAAUGUUCUGAUUCAGCAAAACAAAAUUGCUGCUGCAUCUGACCACUUAAUCACUGUUCAUCAUUGCCACUUGGUCAUCAUCAAUGUCUACCCAAACAAUGUAGAAAGUCAAGUGACAGGACAUCCUCCUAGAGAUCUGUCAGCAAUACUGACUUCUGAGGUCCAUUCUGUGAAAGCUGGUGGCCAGAUUGCGUCAAAACUUACCCAUUUAAUUUUGAGCCAUUAUGAUUUGGCCUCCACUACAGUAACUGGUAUACCAAUGAAAGAAGAACAAAAUGCUAGCUCAUCAGCUAACUAUGAUGUUGAAAUAUUUCACUCUUCUGCUGCUCACACAUCUAUUUUAAAAGGUAAUGCAGCAGACUCAGCAAUGAUACGUACACAGCGAGAAGGUGCAGAGUAUGAAACUGUGACUUUGAAAUGGUGUACCCCUCGUGGUUGCAGUGCCGCUGAGAUGCAGAAUUGCACAGCUACUCACCGCAUUACUCCUGUUGAUGUGAACAGCCGGCCUUCUUCGUGUCUCAUAAACUUCUUGCUGAAUGGUCGUUCUGUCAUGUUGGAAAUGCCAAGGAAAACUGGAGGAAAGAUAAUUUCACAUUUGCUUGCUGCCCAUGGCGGAGAAAUAUUUGUCCACACUUUAGUAACUGCACGUAGUGUCUUGGAAGAUCCUCCUUCUAUCAGUGAAGGUUGUGGAGGUCGUGUGACAGAUUAUCGGAUAACGGAUUUUGGGGUGCUAAUGCAGAAUAACAAACUGAUACCUCUGAAACGAAAAUAUGAUGAAACUGAGCCAGAGACACCAUUAGACAAGAUGAGAGCCCGACUUGAUCGCCAUACAAAGUAUUGGCCCAUCACUAUUUCAUCAACACUAAUUUUUAAUCUGAGGAUGUACAUUGAUCCUCUUCCUCAGUUGAUGGUGAAAGAAGAGCUCACAAACGAAGAAGUAGUGCAAUGCAAGCAGGUAAUCUAUAAUCUCAUUGGUUUGGAAUCAAAACAUGAGAACCUACAAACACCAAAUAUGGGACAGAGGGGAAAGGGUCCAAAAAGGGAAGAACAGUAUCGGAUUAUGUGGAAUGAACUGGAAACUUUCUUGCGUGCACAUUGUCGCAGUGAGCAACACAGCCGUGUGUUGAAUUGCCUCUUGGAAUGCCGGAACAAGUCUCCUGAUGACGAUAAAACAAAGGCUGAAAAACCUGGAGACAUAGUAGAACUUGAUGAGGCUCUUCGUGAACUUGACCAAUUUGGAAAAUUGGGUGAAACCUCAUCAGAGUUUUCAUCUCGAGCAACAGUUAUCCGAGCAACAACCGAUUCUCCAAUGUCUCCACCACCAGCAUCUGCAACAGUGGGAAUUGUUUCCACAACUCGAGUGCCACCAGUGGGACACAGAUCAGCAGCUGUAGGAAGUAGCAUAUAUUCAGGACCUCGCACUUUCCUUGAUGUGUGGGUUGAACGAGUUGCAUCACGUUCUGACACAAAGUUGGAAUUCUCAGGGCGGCUUUCAGGAGAUCCACUUCCAGGUGGCGGCAGCAUUGCAAGACUGUAUCCAAAUGUCAAAGAUGCAAGUGAAUCAAGAACUGGUGGUAAUCGUGGUGCUGAGAUAGUUGGUGAUGGAGAUGGAACUGGAGAUGUAGCAUCAGUAACAUAGACGAAGAAGUUUUUUCAAAUUUUCUUAAAGUAAAUUAAAUAAAUUUUGAGGUCAGAGGCAGACCAGUUACUGCAGGGAACUUUUUAACAACUUUAAUGUUGCUCAUUCUUUUUUAUAAGUAUGAGACUGAAGGAUAUUGUUUUCUGAACAGAUGUUGAGAGCAGUAAGCAAAGUACCAAACAAAUUUUUUGUAAAGUU